CCUUGCUUUUUCAUAGAGGGAAUCACAGAGAGAGAGAGAUGGAGAAGGCGAUGAAUAGGCAGAGGGUGUUGCUCAAGCAUUUGCUUCCCUUGUCUCCAGCGGAGGCAUCUCAGCUCUCGGCUAAUAGUUGUGCUGCUGGUGAUAGCGCUGCUUAUCAGAGGAGUUCUUGCUUUGGUGAUGAUGUUGUCAUUGUAGCAGCUUACCGCACUGCAAUUUGUAAGGCCAAACGUGGGGGCUUUAAGGAUACACAUCCUGAAGACCUGCUAGCACCUGUCCUUAAGGCAGUGAUUGAUAAGACCAAAUUAAACCCCAAUGAAGUCGGGGACAUUGUUGUUGGAACAGUCUUGGCUCCUGGCUCUCAAAGAGCAAUUGAGUGCAGGAUGGCAGCAUUCUAUGCUGGUUUCCCUGAUACUGUUCCCCUCAGAACCGUGAAUCGGCAAUGCUCAUCUGGUCUUCAGGCAGUAGCUGAUGUUGCUGCUUCUAUAAAAGCAGGGUUUUAUGACAUUGGCAUUGGGGCUGGUUUAGAAUCUAUGUCAACAAAUUCUGUUGGAUGGGAAGGACCAGUCAAUCCAAGAGCGCAUAAUUUUCCACAAGCUGAAGAUUGUCUUCUUCCCAUGGGCAUGACUUCUGAAAUUGUCGCAGAACGGUAUGGUGUUACACGCCAGGAUCAAGAUGCAGCUGCUGUUGAUUCUCACAAGAAAGCAGCUGCAGCUGCUGCUUCUGGCAAAUUUAAGGAUGAAAUUGUUCCUGUGACUACAAAGUUUGUUGACCCAAAAACCAGAGAAGAGAAGCAAAUUACUGUUUCAAUGGAUGAUGGAAUUCGACCAGAGACAUCGAUUUCUGUUCUUGCAAAGCUCAAACCAGCCUUUAAGAAGGACGGGAGCACUACUGCAGGCAAUGCAAGUCAAGUGAGUGAUGGAGCUGGAGCUGUUCUGCUCAUGAGAAGGGAUGUAGCAAUGAGAAAAGGACUUCCUAUUCUUGGAGUCUUCAGGAGCUUUGCUGCGGUCGGAGUGGAUCCUGCUGUUAUGGGCAUUGGUCCUGCUGUUGCAAUUCCAGCAGCAGUAAGAUCUGCUGGUCUACAGAUCGAGGAUAUUGAUCUUUUUGAAAUUAAUGAGGCUUUUGCUUCACAAUAUGUGUAUUGCUGCAAGAAGCUUGAGCUUGACCCAGCCAAAGUAAAUGUUAAUGGAGGUGCAAUUGCUCUUGGUCAUCCUCUUGGUGCAACAGGUGCGCGCUGUGUAAGCACUCUGUUAAACGAAAUGAAGCGCAGGGGCAAGGAUUGCCGAUUCGGAAUCAUUUCAAUGUGCAUUGGAUCGGGAAUGGGAGCUGCUGCUGUCAUUGAAAGAGGGAGCGUGGUGGACGAACUAUGCAACGCGAGGUGCGCCUCAUUCAAUAACUAGUUAUCGAAAUAAAGCAUUGGAGGAACUCUCACUCAUUUGCUUUAUUAUCAAAUUUAGUAGAUUCAUUAACGAUCUCGAACAUUGUUUUUCUUGAAGAUUAAUUCCUUGAUCUUCAUUAAAUAUUAUAUAUGCUUCAUGUGAGCUGAUUAUUGAAUAAGAAUGUGAUCUUCAUUUGCAAAA